GGUCACCGAAAGUUAGCUGAUGUUGGCCAUGGAUAUGAGAGACCUGCUGGUGCGCCGCUCAUGUGGCUCGUGUGCUGUCGUGCUGUUGUCCUUGGAGUCUGGCUGGCCAGUUGUUGUCAAGCACGUGCUCAGCACGUGCCGUCCUGGCUUCCAGAUGUCGAAAUAGAGGACUACGAAUGUCGUCGAGAACUUCAACAGCCGUUGUUGAACUGGGCACACUUACGCCAGCGAUUUGCACUUCUGGCCAAAGAAGCGCUGGAUGAGCGAACGCUGCGCAUGCGUCAAGAUGCUCAACUGGAUGCGGUGCAGUUGGAACUGCUCGAAUUUGCGGCGGUUAUUCUCUGGCGCUUUCCGCAGGCAUUGAACGAGUGUCCUUUUGGCGCGAUCACUGCAUCGAUUUUUGCAACGUGCAUGGCAUUCUUGGAGGGGCAUGAUCGUGCGAAAAGCCCGCUGAAACCUCCAUAUGAGAGGUUUUUGGCUGACCUCAGUCAGACGCCAAUGGUGGAGCUGCUUUCUCGGGAUUUGGCAGUGUUGCUGGACUUGGCACCACUGCACGUCACUGCUGCCACAGAGUGGGGCACUUUUGCGCUGCUUCACAUCUACCUCCCGAAGAUAAGGGCUCACAAGUACCAAGUGGAUACAUCUCCUGAAAGGCUAAGAUGUGCGGGUGCCGCUGUUGCGGGCUACACGGCAGAGCGCAUGCUGGACAUGUUGAGGCGACAUACUCCCUAUGCGUCCGGUCGUGAUAUUGAGGGCCUGAAGUUUUUGCGUGGACUCGACGGUCUUGUAUCUGCAACCAUGAAGGAUCCGCGAGAGUUCUCGUCUGUGUACGUGCCAGCAUGCCCAGCUGGUUCGGCUGCUUUUGCAGCCUCAGCUGCCAUGUUGUCGCUGAUGUCCAAUCCUUCCCUGUUUGAGCGCUUCAGCAACUUGGCACACUGGAUUCUGCGGUCCUAUACGGCUGAAGCUGUCUCUGGUGCGUCGACAUGGGGUAUUUUUCAUGGCUUGGCGAAGCUGGGGCAGUUCUCUCUGAGAUCUUUCGACUUAGUGUGGUCACCAGAAGAGCUGAUGCCCAUGCCGGAUGAUCGAUAUGAUUUUGACAAGCUCCGCUCUCCUCUUUUGAGACGAGAGCACUUGGCCCGAGGUAAGCAGCACAAACACCCCGUGAGCCGCAAGAUAGCAUCCUUUUUGCUUGGGGUGGAGGACAUUCUGCAAAACUCAGAUGCCAUGGUCUUUGUGACUGCUGUUGGCGGGAUGCCUUUUGCUAACUAUAUUCGAGGAUUUAUUCAUCGCGCUAUGGUGCUGGGUUUGCAUGCGCUUGUCCUGGCCUGCAUGGAUGAGAUGGCGUUUGAAAGAUGCACCCAGGUUGUGCAGGGGCUGUCUUCCAGCUCAGGUUCUGACCUCUCCAGACGCAUACUCUGCGUCGCUGCAACAGAAGGACACGUCAUCUUCAUUAAGCAUGCCUUUUUGCCGUUUCUGCUCAGUGCAGCGGUGGAUACCGUUUGGAUUGACUUCGACACAUUCAUUUUGCAGGAUCCGACGCCAGCAAUUGUUGCUGCUCGUGAUUCGCCAGCAAGAGAGCUUCCUCAGCGUUCAAGGGUCCGUUUUGGCUCUUUCUUGUUCGAUGACGCGGCGGAUAUUUGCGGACUGUCCAAGAUUUGCGAUCCCAGGCAGCACUGGUCUCACAAUGUGACUUCCAGCUCGGUUGAGACAGACCUGGAUUAUACAGGGGUGGAGGUGCUGGUCACGGAACAUUGGGAUGCGAGAUGCUUGAACAACGGCUUGUUCUAUGUGCGAGCCUCCUAUCGAACCCUUACAUUUUUCACAUUGUUCUUGAAGCAAAUCUAUGUUAAUCCAUACACGGACAACCAGAAUCUGUUCGAUGCAUUUCUGUCGCAUUCCACACUGGAUGCGGCUGUUCCCGAAGCGCGGCCGGUGCUUCGAUAUGCACUGCUGGACAUUGACAGCAAAUUUGGAUGCGCAGAAGGUCACAUGAACAAAGCCAGCCCCGGCGAUCCAGAUGGCUUGGUGACGUUUCAUUUUUGGGCUUCUGACUUCCGCACGCGGGAGGCAUCUGGAGAGGACACGCAGCGCGAGCGCAUUGUCGCACGAAAUGGCGUGGAGAGAGUCGAGAAGGUUCGCGCGGGCAAAGACCAGCUCUUCGAGCUGUUCUUUGGAGAGGAAGCACAGCUGGGCUAUUCUAGUGGCGUGCCGGCUGCUGGAGCGUCCUUCAUUGAGCAGGCACGGGCGCCAAAGCCGAGCUGGAAGGGCAUGUGUUCUGUGACCGCUGUGGGCGUGGAAGAGUUGGUGGAUGAGCGAUUGAUUCAAGGUGAGCAGCAGCUCAUUGACUGGCAAGCUGCCACCGCUGUGGCUGCCACCGCCGAGCCUUUGGCCAAUGAUGGCCUUGAUGCUUCGGGUCGAGUGCCCUGCUCCGGCACAUUGGAAGAAUGGGCUGAAGCAUUGCGAGCCGUGGCUGAUGCUGACCUCGACCAGGCCCAAGUGUCAGCCCUGAAAAGCAGGCUGAGGUCCUUUGACUUGGGUGUGCUCCUCACUGUGCGAGCAUUUCAGCCGCUUGGGCCACAAAGGUUGGCCCAAGAGUUAAGAGAUGUUCUGUCGUGAGCGAGAAGUGUGCA